UUUUUAGGCAAUAUUUACUUCCUUAGGCAUGGAACAAAUCCCGAAGAACAGAUCAGGUGAAGCUCGGAGUGAUCAGCAGCCACAACUAAAGGAUCAAUACACCUCUCGACAAGGGCUCUCCGGAGGAAUGAGUUCUUACAUUGAGUACACGACCUGUGGGGAUGUGAUGACCUUUUCAUCCAAAUUCUGCCGCACUGACCAGAGAAAUGUUUCUUUACAACCUUACCCUGGAAAUGGGACAGAAAGCCACUAUUUGGGGAAUUUGCCACUUGGUGUCCAUGGGUCUCCUGGACAACAGAGAUCCCAGCAGUCACCGACACUUUAUGCCCCAUGUAGUUUAGAGGUGCCUUAUGAUACAAGCCCAGGUGAUUAUAAUUUUCUGCCUGCAAGCUCAGAUUAUGAAUUCUCUUAUGGAUCAAGCCACCCAAUGGAAGAUACUGGGGGACAUAUCCAAUAUGCCAGCUCCGCUUAUCCAGGGAACGGACACUUCAUCCUCAAUGGCCAACUAACUUACAAAACCAUGGGGGAAGAGGGACAAGCAAUCCAACGCAAGGAGCAGUAUGAUAUCUAUCCAGGCAAUAUCCAGAAUGUCUCCCCAUCUUCUGGCACUUACCCAAAACCGGACUCCCCACUUUCUGAAUCACGGACUACUGUUAAUACCUUCGACUGGAUGAAAGUUAAAAGGAGUGCUCCCAAGAAAACCAUGUUAACAGAGUAUGGAGCAGUGAAUCCUUCCAACACAGUGAGGACUAACUUCACUACCAAACAACUAACUGAACUUGAGAAAGAGUUUCAUUUUAACAAGUAUCUUACAAGAGCCAGGAGAAUUGAAAUAGCAAAUGCACUUCAGCUUAACGAUACUCAGGUCAAAAUUUGGUUUCAAAACAGAAGAAUGAAGCAAAAGAAAAGGGAAAGAGAAGGGGUGGCCUCCAAUUCACCAACUCAUGGAUCUACAGCCUCUAAUACCUUUAUGGGACACCACCACACCAAGCCAGAGAAGAGGCGUGAGUCGGCGUGUUCUUCUAGUGAAGAUACAUCAUAAAGGACAAACAUAAACUAGAUUUAAAGAAUUUUGUCUGAGAACUGUAUUACGAAAUUAUUACAGUUAAGAGAGACCUGGCAAUGGGAGUUUUACAUGUAUCUUGUAUUCUGGAUAUACAUAUUCUUUGAUCUUGUAACUCUGUUGCAUUCUAUUUAAAUAUACACAUUGUAUGUGAUUUAUUCAGAGGAAAUAGCAUGCAAUGUGAUCUAUUCUAAAUGGACAUCCUUAAGAUGUCCACAUUUCAGAUAUUGCUUUUAUUUCACAUUUGAAGUCAUGUACACAUGCCAUGCAUGUGCCAUAUGAUUAAGGGAGCCAGAAGUAUGGAUGCAAUUGAAUGCAUAUUGAACUGGGAUUUUCAUCAUCACCAAAGAUACUUAACUGUACAAAAUAAAAUUGCACUAACAGGUUUUAGUUUACUGUACUCUUUUACCUGAUUUAAAUACAGUUUUGGUAAAUCACGCUUGAAUUUGUGGGGGUUUAAUAACAUUUCUGAAAUGUAUUUGGUACAUCAGAAUUAACUUACCUUAUGGCUCCAUUUGUAAAAUUGUAUUUGCUGUAUAUAAUAUAUUUUUCGUUUAAUAAAAAAAUGAAAAUUAAAAAAAA